AUGACACAGACUUCUCCCACUGCAUUUGUCACCCCACAAGCAAGAGAUGCAUUAUCUCCAACUCGUACACAACCAAUAGCAAAACGUAUCAAAUGCAAAGAGUCUGGAUGCGGAAAGCUCUUCAGUCGCAAAGAACACCUGACUCGACACAUGAAGUUACAUGAUCCUAACCUUCAAUAUGAAUGUCCUGUAUGUGGUCGGCGAUAUGCGCGAAGUGACGUAUUGAAGAGGCAUUUAGAUCAUCAUGCUCAGAAUUCAAGCGCGAAACGCACAAUGGUCGCAUGUACAUCCUGCCAUGAGCGAAAGCUCAAGUGUGAUGACGCAUCACCUUGUCGAUCAUGCACUCACACUUCAACAGAAUGUAGCCGAUCGAUUGAUGGUGGGACUAAUCGUACGGAAGUCAACGGUGUGGGCGUGAAUGAGGCUAUUGUCGGGAACAGCGUGGUCAAUGCUCACAGUUCGAAUCAGCACUCUGAUCUUUCACAUCCCUGGUUUCAAUCUGAAAACCCAACGUUAUCUUUACCUCCAUAUUCAGAUGCGACUCUCGAGCUAUUGUUUCAAAGUGAGGAUAUUCCCAGCGGAGACUUUUCUUGGGGUCAACACCAGUCCGCGGGAGGCAAUCCUACAGAUUUUUUCCAUAUACCUCUGUCUGACGAUGCUUCCAUCUCUCUGCAUGCUCUCAAUGAUCCACACAAGUCUCGGGUGAAUGUAACAUAUUAUGAUGCUGACCCUAGUGACAGAACAAGGUCAACAUUUGCAUCACAAUCACCGUUAUCAUCAUUAUCCUCUGAGCACUCCGAGCAAGAUCAUUUAUCAGAAUUACGUAGAACACUGAGUCAAGAUCAAGGUCAUCUGAACCAGCUUCUAGAAGUCUAUUUCACCAAAAUUCAUCCAUCCUGGCCCAUUUUACAUGCUCCAACAUUCAAUCCUCAAAGUGUUUCGCCGAUCUUGCUAGGCUCCAUGCUAAUGCUUGCGAAUUGGUUGGAUGGAAGUCAGCAGCAUGAAAAACUUGCGUCGAUUGUAUUUGAAGCAAUAUUAGCUGCCCUAUUGGAAGUUCAUCUCUCACUCGACAAGGAGAUUGAUCAAUCGUCGCUCCAAAAUCUCCAAGGUCUUCUUUUGUGUGUUACCACCAGAGGAAUGUCAUCGAGAGCUGUUUAUCUGAAUGGUGCACUCAUCUCAACAUGUCGUCAUGCUGGUAUUUUCAAUGGACAGAACACAUAUUAUGAGCUGGCAACUAGACUUUCAUUUUCUAGUCUGAGAGUGGAUGCUUAUCUGAGCGUCCUUAUGGAUUAUCCACCGUCUGUUCGUUAUCAGGAGAUCAGUAUUCCCCUUCCAAAGUCUACAAAGCUAUGGACUGUGGCAACUGAUGAAGAAAGACGAAAACUUCAGUGGUAUGAACCUGCAGGUCGCGAGAAAGCCCGGUUCUGCUUUCUCAUGCGCGAUCUUAUUGAUGCUAGCGAAAACCAGUCAGUCUCGUAUCAUCUCACUGAUAAUGACUAUCAUCUCGGACUUUGUUCCCUGCAGAUUGGUACUUGGGAAACGGCUCGCGAAGCUUUCUGCUGUUGUGAUUCAGAUGAGCUGAUAACGGAUUCAAAAAGAAGCGAUCCAGUACAUCGAUGGGGCUCUCAACUCAAUCUUUGGCGUACAAGAAUGGAAGAUCACGCUCAAUUGCACCCAGAGAUCAACUCUACUGAGUCCAAUGAUGAUCGCAUAUUUCCACAACUGAACCUCAUACUAUGGCAUAUAUCGGCCCUCACAGUUCAUGCGCCCCUAAAGCUCUUACAACGACAAGGAUGUUGUUUCAAAUGUCGUCCUGGAGCCGGUUUGACUACACAAAGAACAAGAGCGCGUCUAAGUAGCUGGAUGUUUUCGCCACAUCCUCGUACUGCCCUUUGGAAUGCUGGUCAGAUUUGUCGGCUAGCAGAAACUAAAUUCUCGAAUCGCUCAUCUAAUACUGAUCCUUUGCUCAAUCCACUUGCAAUGCCAGGAAUUCUAAAGAGUGCAAUUGCUGUUUGUUCUUAUGCAUAUCAUAUUCGUGCCUGUUUUGGAUGCACUAGUGUAUUAGGAGAUUCGAUCGAUCUAUUCAAUGCAUCUCACAAAGAUGACAAAUUAAAGAAUUGGACGGAGCACGGAAUUGGAAUGGCUACCUGGGGUACAGAAGCAAUUCCAGUCUGCCAUUGUAGAUUUAAGGAUCUGGAAUCGUGGUUUCGAGAGAGAUUUGCGAGACAUCCAGGUGCCGAUACACAAUUCACGUCGUUUCUCGCCGGUUUGGGCGAAUGA